AUGAAGGCAUUUGUCGCAAUUGCUGUCCUGGCUCUGGCCGCCCUCUCCAAUGGAUCGUAUCUUCCCGCCGUCCAGUCAGUCCUUCCGUACUCCUACAACACGGGACUCUAUGGCCUGAACGGUUACGAUGCACUUGGCCACUACUCUCCCUUGAGUGGAUUGGGAUACUCCUCGGAACUGGAUCAUGGAUUAUCGUACCCGUAUUCGGCAGCCCUUCCUUACUCUGCCUACAAUAACGGUCUUCUCGGAUAUUACGGAUCGAAGUAUGCUCCCACCGUCGUCCAGGCCAAUGUGAACACUCUGAAAACCACGGUCAACCCUCUGGGUCUGUAUGGCGGAUACGGUCUUGGACACGGAUACGGAUUGGGCCAUGCAUACGGAUACGGACAUAACAACUACCUCCCGGUUCAGGCUCAUGCUGCGAAGUAUGUUGCAGCGAACCCGGGAGCCGUUCAUGUGGCGCCACUACCAGGUCAUCUUGUCAACCAGAAAUCGGUUGUGGCUUAA